AUGGGUCAAGGCAUAAUAUAUAAACAAAUCGGACCUGCGAUUUGACAAAUCUUUUCAGCUUUCAAGAUUUUUAUCAACUUUUGUACAAAAUGGCCGUGGCUAGAACCGUGUCUAGGCUAGAAACGUCAAAGCAGAUGCGCGAAGGAGGAGGAUUUUUGGUUCGUCGGCCGAUCGGAGACAGGAUUUCAGUACUCGAUCCGUUUCUGUUGCUCGAUCAUCUUGGACCGGUGGAAUAUGCGCCAGGAGAAGCGGUUGGAGCUCCAGACCAUCCUCACCGAGGCUUUGAAACUGUGACCUACUUAAUUGACGGUGAGAUGCAACAUAAAGACAGUGCAGGUAACAGUGGUACCCUCAAGGAGGGUUGGGUACAGUGGAUGACUGCAGGGUCAGGAGUAGUGCACUCAGAGAUGCCAUCAGACAGUUUCCUAAACAGAGGAGGCAGAAGUGAAGGCUUUCAGCUGUGGGUUAAUUUACCUGCAAAAGACAAGUUUGUAAAGCCUCGAUACCAGGACACACCACCUGAAAAAAUCCCUGUCGUCAAAAGCAAAGAUGGUAAGACUUCCAUAAAAGUAAUAGCAGGAGAGAGCCUUGGAACRAAAGCAACAAUAGAGACAAGAUCACCUAUGAUGUUCUUGGAUAUCCAUGUUGAAAAGGGUGGYGAAUUCAUCCAAGAAGUUCCUGAGCAAUACAAUGGGUUUGCAUAUGUUUGGAGAGGAGAGGGGAAGCUUGGACCUGAUGAUAUACCCGCUGCUAUGGGCCAGGUAGCUCUUCUGGGACAAGGUACAACAUUCAAGAUYAAGGCAUUAUCUARCCAAGACAUUCACGUCCUGUUAAUCGCUGGAGUUCCUUUAAAUGAACCUGUUGCACGACGAGGACCCUUUGUCAUGAACACAUGGGAGCAAAUAGAAGAGGCAUUUUCUGAUUUUUACAUGGGUAAAUUAGGCGAGAUCAAAGGAUCAGAGGAACGAUAUGCAAAGACAAAAUCAGCUGUUGCRAAACAGAAAAAAACUGGCAAUUGGGACAAAUAAAAAUCGAGUGAAAUUAUACAUUUUAUAUGC